ACGAAAGCUUAGAUUUUUGAAAUAAACGAGAAAGCGAACACUGAAAACACAAAUCUGAGCAUCCAAGCGAGAUGGACUUUCCCGACUAUCCUCCACCCUUUAUCAUCCAGCCUCUCAAAUCUCACAAGCAAACAAUAAUCUUGCUCCACGGGAGGGGUGACGAUGGUCCUAGUUUCGGACGUGAUAUCCUCUCGACGUCAUUUCCUCUGCCAUCCGUCUCACAGCCUUCUAAUCCCAAAUUCGGUACCCUACAAGAUGCUUUCCCUCACGCAAAAUUUGUUUUCCCAACGGCACCACUGCGACGUCCCCAACAACACAACAGCGAUCUCAUGAGCCAGUGGUUUGAUCUCUGGUGGCUGCCGUCGUCUUCAUCUCCUACAGAUGACAACAGCGACCGACCAUUCCCCCUUGCGCGGGACUCGUUGCAGAGUAGUGGACUACGGGACUCGACGCAAUUCUUACAUGAUUUACUGCAGCGGGAGAUUUCGUUGGUCGAAGGUGGCGCGAAGAAUCUCCUUUUGGGGGGGCUGAGCCAGGGAUGCGCUACCAGUAUUGUGGCAUGUUUACUCUGGGAUGGCAUUGGGGAAGGGGGAGAGAAAAGCGAGGUGUUAGGCGCGCUUGUUGGGUUCUGUGGCAGACUGCCAUUUGAAAAGCGGAUUAGGAGUAUUCUAACAGGCGGCAGAGGGGAGGAUGAUCAAACGAUCGAGGGAGAGAGGCUCAAUCAACUUUCUAGCACAGAUGGUGAAAGUGAAAUCAAAUCUAAAAAUGGCAGUGAUGCGGUUGGUAAUGCUAUUGACUUCUUCAGGGGCGAGCUUCAGAUUCCCCGCCCUCUGCAGCUCCCCUCAUCCUCUCAAGGUUUUCUUUUUCAGCAGACGCCACUCUUUCUCGGCCAUGGGGUUGAAGAUAUGACGGUUCCUAUCCGUUUGGGAAGAGAAGCAGUUGCCUGUGUUGAGGCACUUGGAAUGCAUGUUUCGUGGAAUGAGUAUGAAGGGCUGGGUCACUGGUAUUCAGAGACUAUGCUUAGUGACUUCGUGAAAUUCAUGCAAGAGAAGACGGAUUGGGAGUUAGAAUAAUUUGCUGAAUCCACAAUGUCCGCAGUUGCUUCGUUCCUGCCCAUCAAUAUCAUGAAGCCAGCCGAACAGGAAGAUGGUUUUAUUGUCGGAAGCAGUUGCUUUCAGUCUUUUUCUACCUACAGGUCGAUAUGUACAAAUAUGUGACUGAACUACUUAGAAACUCUCCAGCCCGUUGAAUCUCGAUAUGAAACUAUUUGCGGGAUGUUAUAAACCAGGCGGAGCACCUGUCAGUAGGCCAGUAUGGAUCUUUGAUUUCUUUUGACGCCUCGGUUUUCACGCACUAUAAAUAUCGCCUAUAGCUGAGAUUUUGUUGCUCUCCGAGUCAGACACCAAGUUGGUAAUUAACAGAAAGAAUCUUUUACUACAGUGUAGAACCACAACAAGAACAACACUUUUAUGGGACGAAACGAACAGAAAAUGAAAUGUGAUAUUCCAUUAUUGUC